AUGGACACUGGCGAGUCGCAAAAAGAUCGGGACCAGAGAGUCGCCCAACUCUGGCAGCGCUUGGAUACCAAGGGUGAAGGUCAUCUUGACUUCAAUGGUCUAAAGAAAGGACUAAAAAAGAUCGAUCACCCACUCAAGAAUGCGGACCCUAUGUUACGCGAUAUCAUCAAGGCAGUGGAUACCAACGGGGAUGGCUAUAUAGAUUAUCCUGAAUUCCGGACCUUCGUGGAUCAUACCGAAAUCGGCCUCUGGCAACUGUUCGACAGCAUAGAUCACAAUCAUAACGGCGAGAUCGAUAAGAAUGAGCUCAAGACCGCCUUUUCGAAAUCCGGGGUCACGGUCUCCAACGCAAGGCUGGAAGAAUUCUUCGCGGAGGUCGAUAGCAAUAAAGAUGGCGUCAUCUCGUAUGCGGAGUGGAGGGAUUUUCUUCUUUUCCUGCCGGCCUACUCGUCCUCAAACCUCCGCGCUGUCUUGUCAUACUACACCGCCACGGGAAAUCUUAACCCGGAAGGAGAUGUCCACAUCAAUGAUCUGCAGGGCUUAGGUUACUUCGUUGCCGGUGGUAUCGCAGGCGCAGUGUCCAGGACAGCGACCGCACCCUUAGACCGACUUAAGGUCUAUCUCAUUGCUCAAACCGGCGUGAAAAGUUCAGCUGUCCGCGCAGCAAAGGAUGGCGCUCCUUUGCGUGCCGCGGGGAAGGCAUCGAAAACCCUCGUCGAAGCUGUGAAAGAUCUGUGGCGUGCGGGCGGUAUCCGGAGUCUGUUCGCAGGCAACGGUCUGAACGUUGUAAAAGUCAUGCCCGAGUCAGCCAUCAAGUUCGGUGCUUAUGAAUCUGCAAAACGUGCUUUCGCCCGCCUGGAGGGCCAUGGUGACCCCAAACGCCUCAUGCCAGUAUCGCAGUUCCUGUCUGGAGGCUGCGGUGGAAUGGUUGCACAGUGCUUCGUCUACCCUCUUGAUACUUUGAAGUUUCGCAUGCAGUGUGACACCGUCGAAGGUGGCCUGAAGGGAAACCAGCUCAUUGCAGCUACUUUUAAGAAGGUGUGGUGCAAGCACGGCUUACUUGGCUUCUUCCGUGGCUUGCCACUCGGCCUUGUUGGCAUGUUUCCUUACGCUGCCAUCGAUCUGUCCACUUUCGAAUACAUGAAGCGAGCCUUGAUAGCGCGGAAAGCUCGCCUGAACAAUUGUCAUGAGGACGACGUGCCCCUGAACAACUUCACCACCGGAGCGAUUGGCGCUAUGAGUGGAGGAUUUGGCGCUUCGGUUGUCUAUCCACUCAACGUUCUCAGGACGAGAAUGCAAGCCCAGGGCACCGUUCUGCAUCCCGCGACCUACAACGGCAUUGGAGACGUCGCUCGCAAGACUAUACAGACCGAAGGACUGCGUGGCUUCUACAAAGGGCUGACGCCGAAUCUUCUCAAGGUCGCACCUGCGGUGUCCAUCAGCUAUGUCGUCUACGAAAAUUCGAAACGGAUGCUCGGGUUGAAAUAG